AUGAAUCCCACCAAGGAUGUCGAAGAUGGUGUCUUUCCAAACUCAAGGAAUCACUCUGGCGAAAGCGUCAAAGAAUCCAAACACAGCCCCGAAGAGUCUUUACAACAGAACGAAGACAACAGCCCGAGGACCGUAAAUGGAUUCAAAUGGGUCCUAGUCUGCAUCUCUCUCUAUACCGGGGCCCUCAUCUAUGGUCUCGAUUCUACAAUCGCUGCAGACAUCCAAUCGGCUAUCGUCGAACGAUUCGACAAUGUUGAACGUCUCACUUGGGUUGGUACCGGAUUCCCUCUGGGCUCUGUAUGUGCGAUAUUGCCUGCGGCUGCCCUUUAUGAUAAUUUUGACCUCAAGAUUCUCUUCAUCUCGAGUAUCCUUCUCUUCGAAGUCGGGUCUGUGGUAUGUGGUGCAGCUCCUAGCAUGGAUAGCCUUAUUGUCGGCAGAAUGAUUGCUGGCGUUGGUGGGACUGGCAUCUUCCUCGGUACUCUCAACUAUUUCUCCCUCUGCACUUCCGAAAAAGAACGUGGCCGCUACAUCUCGGGAAUUGGUGUGGUCUGGGGAACAGGUGCCGUUCUUGGUCCUGUAGUUGGAGGGGCUUUCUCUACAUCUUCUGCGACUUGGAGGUGGGCAUUCUAUAUUAAUCUUAUCAUUGCAGCCUUAUGUGCACCGGUAUACGUCUUCUACCUCCCUCCAGUCAAACCACCAGGCGCUCCAGAUCUCUCCGCCCUCAAGAAAUUCAAAUCUCUGGACUGGGCAGGAUUCCUUUGUGCCACUGGAGCUUUGGUAUCCUUCACCAUGGCCUUGACGUUCGCAGGUUCAAUCUGGUCUUGGCACGAUGGUCGUACAAUCACAACAUUCGUCGUUUCAGGAGUGUUAUUCAUCCUGAUGCUUCUCCAGCAGUACUUUGUCCUGUUCACUACCCUUGAAGAGCAGAUGUUUCCCCCAAAACACAUUCUGAAGGAUAGGACGCUGGUGCUACUAAACCUCACCAUGGCUGCUGCUGUGGCUAACAUAUAUGUUCCGGUAUAUUACAUUCCCCUCUGGUUCGCCUUUGUGCAUGGUGACUCGGCACUCAUGGCUGCCGUCCGCUUACUACCCUACAUCACCUUCCUAGCUGCCAUGAACAUGGCCUCCGGGGCUCUCUUCCCAAGAAUAAACUACUACUGGGCAGUAUACCUCGUCGGCGGAAUCCUCAUGACAACGGGCAGCGCCACAAUGUUCACCGUCACCACCUCAACCCCCAUCCCGAACAUCUACGGCUACAGCAUCAUCCUCGGCGCCGGUACGGGACUAGUCUUCAACGCCGGCUACACCGUCGGCGGCGUCACGACCAUGACGCGCACGGGUUCGGGGCUCGACGUCCAACGCGCUAUCUCGAUGCUCAAUCUUUCGCAGCUGGGGUUCCAGCUGGGGAGUCUAUUGAUAGGCGGGCAGAUCUUCCAGAGUGUUGCGAUGAGGAACCUAGGUCGUGUGUUGCGAGGCUUGGGGUUCUCUCAGGAUGAUAUCAGGAGUGCAGUUGCGGGGACGCAGAGUAGUUUGUUUAGGUCUUUGAGUCCGGGCUUGCAGAGAGAGGCGACGAGGGCGAUUACGGAUGCUAUGAGUCGGGUUUAUAUCAUUAGUAUUUCUGCCGCUGCAAUUACGGUGAUUUGUGCAUUGUUGAUGAAGAAGGAGAGGCUCUUCGCUGUGGGAGGACCGGCUGUUGUUAUUGCUGGUGGGGCUUGAAUUUGGUUCUAAAAUGUGGCUC